AUGUCGGGUAAUACGAAGCAGAAGGAUGAGGUUAAGGCUAUACACAGCAAGAUAAAGAAGAUGCCAGUUGGAGAUCCUGCGGCAAUUGUUGUUCCUCUUUACACGAAAAAUGGCCAGCUAGUGCUGGUGUUACAAACUGAGCUAGUCCUACUGUUGGUGUAUAACGAAGAAGGUGCAGAUACAGCUGUUAGCACAACACCCGAGAUUCCGGCUCCUCCACCCCCAUCUGUGCCCGACUUGACGAGCUCGGCACCAUUGCACUUGGUGGAAAAUGAGAUCAUUGUGAUUGAUUCAGUCAACUCAGGCAAGGGGAGAAAUCCAGAGACCGAUGUGUAUAAGAAUGUGAUUGACCCCUUGUUUGAAGAAUUGGGCGUUGAACAUAAGCAUUUGAGCACAGACGGUGCGGACUCGAUCAAACAGUUUGCCAAUCUGUUGAAACAGAAGAAAACGCAACUCGUGAUCUUCAUUAGUGGAGAUACUUCAAUUAACGAGUUUAUCAACGGCUUGGACAGAAAUGACCAAGGGGGCGAUCUUUUGCUUUUCCACAUUCCCGCUGGAACGGGUAAUAGUUUGGCGCUUUCAUUGGGUAUCUACAAUGUUGCUGAGUCGAUUCAACGUCUUCUUUCACCUGAAGAAAUCGUCCCUUUCAAUUUAUACGAGGCUACUUUCCCCGAGGGGAGUUACCAUUUAUCUCGCGAUGUGAAAACGGAAGAAAUAUUCACUCCCUUGAAGUUUAUUGUUGUUUUAUCGUGGGGGUUCCAUGCAUCAUUGGUUGCAGAUAGUGACACUCCUGAAUUGAGAAAGCAUGGGGUGCAAAGAUUUGCAAUUGCAGCCAAAACUAAUCUUGAAGAAGUACAAUUAUACGAUGGGGAAACUCGUAUUGGUGACAAUGAAACUUUGAUUGAAGGACCAUUUGCAUAUUGGUUAGCCACUCCAGCGAAAAGAUUUGAAAAACCAUUUGAAAUUCUGCCAAGAGGAGAUGUAAAAGAUGACAAGUUAUGGCUUGUGGCUUUCAACACCAGCAGUGGUUCCGAAUACAUUGUUGAUAUCAUGACUAAAGUCUACGACAGUGGGAAACAUGUUAAAGACGAGCGAGUGGUUUAUGAACUGGUCCAAAAGGGUGAAGACAUUGUAUUGGAGGUCAGUGCCAAAAACUCUGCUAGAAGAGGUAGAUUCUGUCUUGAUGGCAGUAUCAUUAAAGUUCCAGAUGGGAAACAAGGUACUGUGAAAGUAAAUAGUACUGGUAAUAACCAUCAGGGAUGGUCAUUUUAUUUAAUUACAUGA